GACUGAUUCCCGCGAAGCAAUCGGACGCACGCACAUACGCUACACCAUACACUCAAACCUUUAAACCGUAGGUAAAAGAGUAAUGACGCUCGUCGAUACCCAUUGGGCGUUGGGAGCUGUUUUGCAGCUCAGCCACCAUCAACUACGCGCCAGCGUUGCCCCGUCUCUGAUGUCGUCGACAAUGACGACGUCGAAGGCCACUCGUGUCUCGUCGAUCCCACGCAUCAUGCAAGCAACCGACGGCGCACGUUUGCUUCUCUUGGCAAGGCGUCCCAGUGGACUUGCCGGUGUAGAAUUGGGCUACGGAAGCCGCGUGCGGUGGACCUCAACCGAUGCACGAGGAGGAGCAGACGCAAAGCCGUCGAGGAAGGUCCGUCUUUUAGCCUCCUACCUGCAGCAACGAGGCUUUGAAACGAUCCCGGCAGCGCCGCGGUUGUUUGCCGCGCCCCAAGCACCGCUGGUGCUCCACGCCAACCACUUCAUCGGGUGGAAACUAAGCCGCGGUACCCCGGCGUUUCCGCUCUACGCUCACACUCUCGCGGAGCUGAAGCAGCUGCGCGGAAAGGAGAUGAUGGCGCUGCAGCCGCAAGACUGCCUUGUUGCCAGCACAUAUAGUGAAUGGGACAACAUGCGUGAAGUUUUGUGUGAACCGGGGUGGGACUUCUUUAACGCCAGCGAUGACGUUGUGGGACGUAUCUUGCGCUGCGGCAUUGAGGCGCCGCUUGUCGACGGUGUAGAGGGUGUGUCAAGGGUUGAGUUGUCGUAG